ACUCGUCGCAGUGAUGUACCAGCUCCCGGGAGUCCUGCUGUGUGCUUCUCCUUCCUCCUCGUCCUUGUCCUCCUUGUGUCCGUCCUCCUCCUCGGCUACGGUUCACACGCUCCGGGCUGAGAGCGGGGGCCGCGGCAAAGCAGGGGUCUCCCUCAGCGCCUCCCCCGGGGGACGGGGGCUCCGGACGGCGGGGUCCCGGGAAGCAGGACCUCUGGCGUGGUGAAGCCUGGAUGUGGAGGCCACAACGCGAGGCGAGGCAUGAUCAACUGGCCCAACGUGACAGUGGCGGCCCAGCUGGCCCCGCCCCCCGGGCCGGAGGAGCUGAAGAGGUCCAAGUGCGUCCUGGGCCUCAUCCCCGUGGUGUACUACAGCGCCCUGCUCUGCGUGGGGGUACCAGUGAACGUCCUGACGGCGGUGGUGUUGUCACGCCUGGCCUGCCGCACCCAGAAGACGCUCUACUACUACCUGCUGGCCGUGACGGGCUCCGACAUCCUCACGCAGCUCUUCAUCAUCUUCGUGGGCUUCCUGCUGGAGACGGCGGUGUUCCACCGCGAGGUCCCGGCACUGCUGCUGCAGGCCGUCAGCGCCGCCGAGUUCGCCGCCAACCACGCCUCCAUCUGGUCCACCGUGCCUCUGACGGUGGACCGCUACGUGGCGCUGUGCCACCCGCUGCUCCACCGCCAGAUCAGCUACCCGGAGCGCGCCCGCCGCGUCAUCGCCGCCGUGCUGGCACUCUCGCUGGCGUCCGGCGUGCCGUUCUUCUGGUGGUCCGACGUGUGGCGCAGCAGCCGGGCGCCCUCGGCGCUGGACGCCGCGCUCAUCUGGACGCACGUGGUGCUCAUCUACUUCCUGCCCUGCAGCAUCUUCCUGGUGCUCAACUCGCUGAUCGUCCGCACGCUGAGGGCCAGCCACCGGCAGCAGCGGGGCCCCCGGGCGGCGGGCGGGGAGCCGGCCGGCGGGGGCUGCCAGGAGGACGCGGGCCCCCAGCGGCGGCGGCGGCAGCGGCGCCUGGGGAAGACCACGGCCAUGCUGCUGGCCAUCACGUCGGCGUUCAGCGUGCUGUGGGCGCCGCGCACCGCCGUGGUCAUCUACCACCUGUACGGCUCCUCCGUGCACCUGGACUGGCGCGUGCACCUGGCCUACGACCUCAGCAACAUGCUGGCAAUGCUGAACACCGCCGUCAACUUCUUCCUGUACUGCUUCGUCUCGCGGCCGUUCCGCGAGACCGUGCGCGCCGUGCUGCUGCUGCCCUGGGCCCCCGGGGCCCGCUGCCAGCGGGGGGCCCUCCGUCGCCAGCCGGCCCCCGCCCACGCCUCCGUCUCCUCGCUCUGCAGCGGGAAGUACAAGCGGUCCCAGCGGGACGGCGCUGGACAGAUGUCCCUCCGAGGGGCCAGCCAUGCCGUGUGACCCUGUAGAGCCCCCCCCGUCCCCCCCCCCUCUCACCCCUCCAUCCCUCCGACCUCUGACCCGGACGCGAUCCCAAACACACAUGUUUUGUUGCUUCUGCUCUCCGUCUGCAGGAGCCAUCGUCCCACGGCCAGGGGCCUGAAGCCCCGCCCCUCUCUGCUCCGCCGUCGGCAGCCAAUCAGCUUCAGGGCUCCUCUGAGCUCCACCGAGCAGCCUGGAGCUGUUGUUCUGUGGUUUUAUUUUGGGUUUUGUUCCGUUUUCGUUUGACUUUUGAGGGGGUUUUCUUGUGUCGUUCUUACUAAUCUGCGUUUCUUUUCACAUGAAUUAGUUGAAGUACACGACCGUUUUUAUUUGUUGUUUUAACGAGACCCCGGAUGAUUAAAUCUGUGACUAUUCUGGGUUGUUAUGUAAACCGAGACUAAACCAACCGACUCUCCGUCGGAAGAGUCCGAGGGUUGGCGGAGAUGCGUUCCAUAUCCAGGAGCAGGUGGCAUCCAGAGAGAUUAAAUCAAAGCGUCUGGAGCCGUCCUGAGAGGCCUGACAGACACCGGAGAGCCGCAGGACACCCAGCCGGAGACAGGAUGCACUCACAGCCAUUUGUAUCAAUGCUGCCUCAUCACGGCUCUCUCCAUCCACUGAAAGUAGUGCCUCCAUGUCCCCCCCGUCUCCCAGCGGGGGGGGGGGCGCCGCUCCGGGCUCUGUUGAUUCUUCGUGCGAUUGCAAACAUGAUGGAGCGGCCGACGAGGGCUGCGGUCCAAUCAGGGGGGAGAUCCGGCCUCCGCCUGCACCUGCACACACAGCCCCCGCUAAACAAACCACGGGGAGCACGGGCACGGGGCACUCACACACACACACACGCGCGCACAUACACGCAGACACACGCACACACUCACCACACACACGCGCACU